AUGGGGGUCUACAAGAAACGACACGAACGCCCUCCUCUGCCCAUCACCAUGGCAACAGGAAGGUGGCGUGGGAGGAUUCACGUCUUCAAUCUGUAUGGCAGUCUUCCCUGGAUGGUUCUGAGGAAGGGUAUGGCCACGGGCCGUCGAGAUAGCAGUCCGGGCCGUUUGGGCCUGGCACUUCCUUCCAUUUGGAGGAAAGUUCGUUAUCGGUGGAGUCCGAAUAAAGUGGACUUGGGAGCAUCCACCGGUUCGUUAUCAGAUGCUCUUAUUUAUCCAUGGACCUAUCAGCCGCCCGAUGGUAGGCCGAGAAGUUUAUCUUGUCAGCUACCUGGCCCACCUUUACAAUGGCAGUUAUUGGUGGAUGAUGACGGCAAUUCUUCGAAAUCCCCCGGUAAUUCUCCAAGAAAUAGCUUUAGUUCGACAGGAUCUGUAACUUCGCAGGCUUCCAGUAGCAAAGACAACAGGUCUGAGCAUGGAGGCAGUCGGGCUGGUCUGGUGAAGUUGGCGCGGUUUUUGACAACCAGAGAUAAAUCCGCCAAUGGAGGUGACAGGCAUGGAUCCGAUUCCUCUUUAGCACCUGACUCGUUAUCUAUUCGUAAAUCCAGCAGUAUAGACAGCUUGUUGGAAUCUUCGAGUUUGGACAUCGGUUCUCCUAAUGACGGUGUGCCUAGUUCUGGUGGUAAACCCAUACCAGUAUCGCCCAGUGUUCCAGCCAAGUUAGAAAAAGAGAUCUCCAAACAAGGAAAAAGUUCUCGCCAAAGUAGUUUGGAAAGACUUAUCGAUUCUGGUCCGCUCACAAAAGCGGAAAGGAAGAAGUUAGAAAAAUAUCGCAAGUUCAAUAUUGACUUUCAAGAACCUCCUGAUCCACCCUCGAGUGUUCAGUUGGAAGUAGUUGGCACAAGAUCCCUGAAAGUGAAAUUUACUCAACCACAAACUUCUCAACAGGAAGAGAGCAUUGUCACCAAAUAUAAAGUGGAAUGGAGCUGCUACGAGGAUUUCUCUCUGCUGUCCGGUUGCCGUGAAGUUACAGACGUUCAGAAGCUAGAGUUGAUGAUACCGGACCUCACCCAAGGAAGCACGUAUUUCGUGAGGGUCUCAGCCGGCAACGUCAAAGGAUUCAGUUCCUGGAAGAGCGCCUCUCCACUCUCCGCCACCCCCUCCUGUUGGCGUGACCUGGAGGGUAAAGUUCCUCGCUCUGCUGCAGGAGGACGUAACAGCAAAUUGGAGGACCUCUUUCACCAGAUCAUCAACUCGAGGCCUGGAAAUGCCAGCGAGAUUAAAGAUCUCUCUGAUACUCCGCAGCAGCAGAGAAGACAGGUGCGGAAAAGUAUAAAACACCUCUUCACUUCGGCACCCAAGUUUCAGAAAAAUAUGAAAAGGGGUGUAUUCCUAGCGUGUUUGUUGUAUCAUGAGGAUAGAAUGAUCGUGACAGCCGAAGACACACUUCCCAUUCUAGAAGUGGAUGAAACUUCACCUCUCAACACAGAUUUCCAUUGGAUCAUGAAAGUAGCAUGCAGCUCGUGGGAAGAUGUGAAAACUCUGAGACAAGACAUGGAAAAAAGUCAUUCAUCAUCAAAUCUUCAUUUUAGAAGCAAACUAUUGCAAGCCGCUGAGCAAAUGCAGGCUGCACUUGGACUACAAGAUCUCGGACAACUUUUCUACGUCCCACUCAAGGACUCUGAAGGCACAACAGUCUUAUGUACUGUGAAGCAUGUCCAGGAUCCCAAAUCCAUGGCGGCUUCCUUAUCUGUCAGAUGGUCACCUCUGCACAAAAUCCAGAGGAAGAGAGCCAACAACUCAGACAGUGUACACGACCUACUUCUGGACUCUCUCCAGGAGAUGAUUGUGUACAGUGAAGUAAGCAAUAAACCAUUACCGAAGGGCCUCUACGUCGGAUACAUGAAGCUAAAGAGCUCAGUUGAUGCUAUACGGGUAGUUGUGCCAAGAAUGACGCCAAAUGUCUUGCCCCAUGCCAAAAUCAGGGACAACCCGCACGUUUCAUGUGAGGAAUGGCAGUGGUUCAAAAGUCUCUCCUCGGGGAGUGGAAGUGGACCAAAUGAAGUCCAAAUGAAAUUCCAGAAAUUGCUUUCGGCAGCUACUAAGCAGUUGUUGACCGAGUUGGACAUUCCAGAAAAUGUGAUAGACUUCCACAGGUAUUAUGAUGUGGAGGUGAUCGAGCUAAGUGAGAAUGUGACUUUCAUCUUGGUGCUCCCACCAGUGGACAGUGUCUGUUCUGUUCCUGGUCAGUGUGAUGAAAUCACUUCUGACUGUAUCACCCUACCCAUACAAGUAUUUGAAAUGAUUCACAUGACAACAUACCAACCUAGUUUCAUUACAAGGUAUUCACGAUUGUCUUCCAUACUGGAAAUGGACAACAUGCUAGCUCAACACGCACACAGAGAAGCGUUUUCAUCUUCUGAACUGUCAGAAGCUAAAACACGCCUAAACCAGUUGCAAGAGUUCCAAACUCAAGUGGACAACAUGUGGAGGGCGAUUCGGUGGAUCAUGGAUGUCUUGACCUUUGCCAGGGACAAACAAGGUUCGAACGGCGUUUCUCUCAAGGACGUGUGGACGAAUGCCUGUUCUCCCGACAAUUCACCCAUGAUUUCCAACAAAGAGAUCAACAGAGCUUCUGUCAGAACAUCGGGAAAGCGACAAAUAAGACGAUGUUCGUCCACCUCUCGUCUGCCCAUCACUCAUGUAGUCUGCAACGGAGACUGUUUAAAAACAGCUCACAGUGCAGAGAGACUAUUUGAGAACAGAAGCAGCCUCCGCAGCUCGUACGCCGGUAGUCUCAAGUCGCUGUCCUCUGCCGACAUUGAAAUGAGUGGAAGACUUAAUACCGACUCGCGAGACGACGAGGACAGCGAAUCAGACAUCAUACGCGUGUACGCCGACUAUGAAACUGGACUGCCGAGUGGAUACAGUGUACUGCUGUACGUUACCCCCCAGACGACGGCGAGUGAUGUGGUGGUGUGUACAGUGAAGCAGCUGAAUACAGCUGUGAAAGUAAAAGGCAAGGAUGGACCUAUAUACGAUGACGGGGAAUGUCACAAUUUUUGCCUCGUUGCUACAGCCGGUGCUCGUGAAAGGUGUCUUAACGACGAUUUUCAGCCAAUGAAACUAACUGGACUGUGGCAAAAAGGCAAGCUAUAUGUGCGUCGUAAGGACAGCGUCAUGGAUAAUGGUAUUGAUUAA